AUGAAUAACUCUAUAGUGAACUUCUCAUCUGAAGCAUCUACAAACUCCAUUACUCAUUCAUUUUGGUUAGUGAACAGACUGGACAUUUUUCUGUACAGCAUCAAUUUACUGUUCGGUUUCCCACUACACGCUUAUGUGAUCUGGCUCAUCAUCACAGGAACAAGUGGAGUUGCAUCAGGAUUCUUCAGCCUCAAUCUCUCUGUUUCAGAGAUUGGUAACUGUCUGAAUAGUUUGGUGUGCAUAGUUGAUAGUUGUUUAUGGAUUCCUCAACUCAAAACAUUGACAUGGUUUUUAUUAGGUCUAGGCAUUGCUGGUCGUCCUCUGUUUCAGUGUCUGAUCUGUGUUGAGCGUUACCUGGCAGUGGUUCAUCCUGUCACCUUUCUGAAGUACAAACCUCUCAGAUACAGAGUCAUCUGCUCUGCUGGGGCUUGGAUGAUCACUCUUGGCUCUUGCUUGUGUUGUAUGUUUACUGUAAUCUUACAAACCAUUAUAUUUUUGUGGUUCUACUCGAUUCAGUUUGUACUCUUGCUCUUCAUCCAGUUGAUUUGUCUUGUAACUGUUCUCUGGGCUCUGAAGCAGUCAGGACCAGGAGAGAGAGGGAGAGAGAGAAAGGAGGAAAACCACAUGAAGAGAAGAGCAUUUUGUCUCAUUCUAAUAACUACUGUGACCAUGAUUUUUACUUAUGUUCCAUUUACUAUAUCAGGAUUCUCUGUCAUUCACACCCAACAGUUUAUUAAGGAACUUUUUUCUUUUGGAUUUAUUUGUUAUGUGCUGGCUGGUUUUGUUCAGCCUAUUCUUUAUUUGCACCGGUCUGGUAAACUCUUCUGUUUUUGCUCUCCAUAA